GUACCUAAGAUAUAAGCGGUGAGUAAUGAAAAUAGAUUAUAUUGGUAUGUAAAAACCAAUUUCCCUCUUAUGAAAUGUAAUGUCUCAUCCGGAAGUACUUUCUAUCACAACAAAAUGGCGGAAAAUACGGAAGGUCCAGCAGAAGUGACAGGAAACCUGGGGAAGGAGGAGGAUGCUGGUCCAGCAGGAGGAGGAGGAGCAGGAGGAGGAGGAGAGAACCUGAAGAGAAAAGCGGAGGAUGCUGGAGUCCUCCCUCAGGAGCCGGACCCAACCAAGCGGCUGCGGCAGGAGGGGGGAGCAGGGUCCCAGCUGACCCCGCAGGUGGCGCAGCACUACAACCGGCUGGAGGAGAAGGGGCUGGCGCACCGCAACCAGUCCCGCAUCUUCCACCUCCGCAACUUCAACAACUGGAUCAAGAGCAUGCUCAUUGCUGACACGUUAAGAAGACUGCGAGCGGACAGUCCCGGCGGCAGACUGUGUGUGUUGGACCUCGGGGUGGGGAAGGGCGGCGACCUGCUCAAGUGGAAGAAGGGAGGCAUUGAUCACCUGGUGUGUGCAGACCUGGCAGAGACGUCUGUUCAGCAGUGUGAGGAGCGGUACCGCAGCAUGGCGGGGCGGGAGGGGCGUGGGCCCCGGGUCUUCAGCGCCGAGUUUAUCGCUGCCGACUGCGCAAAGGAGGACCUGAGCAGGAGGUACCGCGAUCCUGACACGACCUUUGACCUUGUGAGCUGCCAGUUCGUGCUGCACUAUUCGUUUGAGAGCCACGCCCAGGCCGACAGGAUGCUGAGGAACGCUGGUGAGAGACUCCGGCCGGGAGGCUACUUCAUCGGGACAACGCCCGACGGCUACGAGCUGGUGAGGAGACUGCAGGCAGCCGAGGGUCUGUCAUUCGGGAAUUCGAUCUACAGCAUCACCUUCCAGCAGAAAGAAGACUUCCCGCUGUUCGGCUGUCAGUAUGACUUCCAUCUGGAGGGCGUGGUCGACUGUCCGGAGUUCCUGGUCUACUUUCCGCUGCUGGAAAAGAUGGCUGAGAGGUACGGCUUGAGGCUGGUGUACAGACAGACGUUUGCAGAGUUUUUCCAGCAGCAGGUGACGCAAGGGGAGGGCAGAGGCCUGCUGGAGAGGAUGAAAGCUCUCGAGACAUACCCGCCCCAUGAGGGACAGGAGCUGGCCAGCAGUGACCCGGAGGAUUACGCUCACGCCCGGGCCAGACUGGAGGAGCUGAGGAGCAAGGGGGAGGGGGGCGACAGGGGGACACCGGAGCACCCCAGGGUGGGAACCCUCUCGUUGGCUGAGUGGGAGGCUACAAGCCUGUAUCUUGUGUACUGUUUCCAGAAGGUCGAGGAGAAUAAGGACAAUUCUACAUCCAACCAGCCACAGCCGCCUGAAACCAGCCAGAACCAGUCACAGCCGCCUGAAACCAGCCAGACCAGCCAGUGACUCUCAGUACUAGGAACCAUCCACAGCCGACUGACACC